AAAAAUAAGACGGAGAAAGAUUCAAUUUUCAUCACUUUUCUGCUACAAGUACAAAUGUUGCUGCAAUGCAGCAAUUGGGAAGCUUCGCGCAAAAAAAUGCGCUCAUUAUACAUACCUUACCAAAUUAUUCCUACGCACAGGCCAUGUUAUAUUCAGACUAAGUACCAUUGUACAUUAUUGUGGAUGUUGUGUAAAUCUUUUCUUUUUGCAUAAUUAUACUUAUUGUUUGAGAGGGGCCAGGUAUCAAAUUAAAAAAAUGCUUUCACUGAUGUAUGCCUGGUAAGGAAAGUAAUUCCAAUACAAACAAGACUUACAAGACUUGUAAAUGUAAUGUGACAUGACAGUAGUGCAACAUUGUUCUGUUAGUGUUACUACUGUAGUCAAUAAUAAUAGAUGAUAACAAAUAUCAAAGCAUGUACAUUUCAUUUUCCCCUAUAAUGGUACUCAUUUUCUAUAAAUAUCAACAACAAAUCAUUGUAAGAGUAAUAAUAUCUGUCAUAUGCUGCGGUUCGGACCGGAAUGUCCGUCCCGAGGGGACCCUGACAUGGGCGGAUUCCCGAGAGACGAAUAUUCUGAUCCGAACCGCAAUCAUAUGUCAGAUAUUUGUCUUGCAUAUUCUGCAAUAUUAUUUCAUAUCUAAAAUGGUUUACCUAAAUAAGAUAUUUGUUUUAUGGAAAUUAAUGAAAUUUCAUCCAUAACUGUUUUCUUACAAUAGCGUAUGAAUUUACAAAAUUAAUAACAACGUCGAAAUGACGUCAUCCAUUAUUAUUCAUUAAAGGGGCUAAAAUGACGUUGUUGUAUCGCACGCGACUCAUCUGGCACCCCCAUGCCAGAUGAAAUUUCCGGCAAAGGUAAAACUCAAGAAAACGACAGUCUGAUAUGCAAGAAAUAUAAAAAUCCUUAUAUAAAUAAACCAAAACAAAAACUUUAAUCAACUUUUGUUUCAAUAUGUCCUUACAUAUAUCGUGGCAAAUGAUAUAUCAUGAUAUAACAAGAAAAGCAUUGACGCAAAGCAUCAAAAGGAGUCUAAGCAAGAAAUGCAGGAAAUGAGGAUGAACAAGUAGACAUCUGAUAUCUAGAUAUUCUUAUAAAGUUUUCAAUGGUUAAUUGGAUUUUACCAGAAUUUUAUAUCGUAGAUAAUUGGGAGGACAAAAUACCUUAUUACCUGAUACCUUAUAUCAAUUUAUUUUGGUAUUUUUUACUGUUUUCUGAAAUUCCUAAAACGUCUACGUUCGCGAACUUUUGACCGGUCAAUAGUUUCGACUGUUUCCCUAGCGUGCUCUGACGUCAUAGAGGAUACCCCCUUGGAGCGUCAUAAACCUGACGUGACGUGACGUAGUUAAAAAAGAUUGUUAGAUUCGAAAAGUUUAAAUUAUUUAAAAUACUGAAAGUAGAACACACACUGGAAUGAACAAAUAGGAUGAAUUUCAAAAAUACCAAAUUCAGGAUUUUUUGUUUGUUAUACACGUUAUAUCGUGAAACAUUAUUUAUCAAUAUAAUGGAAGACUGUUACCUGAGUUUUAGAUAGGUAUGAGGAAAUUCAGUAAUAUUAUGUUCGUGCGAGUCAAAGAAAUAAAAGCUACUUGACAUUGGUAAUAAAUAAAGAGCUAUUGUUAAUAAUUUUAUUGGGAGGAGAUUUACGCUCCCUUCGCAGCUUACUGAAUACACUCCCGUUACUUCAGACCGCUGCUGUAAUACCCGUCGAUUCGUGAUAUUGACCUUUACAGUGAACUUUGAACGACCAAUGAAAGUUUUCCAAAUUCCAAAUCGCCCUAAAACCUAUACGCAUUUUCAUUGGUUGAAACAGAUGACGUGUGUGCAACAUUAUAAAUAGACGGGUAUUUUCCAAUAAUUUUAUAAACAAAAUGGCGACUGUUAACAACUCAACUUUCGAUAAGCUUUCAAAACGGUUCAAUUAUGGAUUUAUUAAACCCUUUCAAAAGGCAGUGAUAUAAUCAAUCAUUGAGCAGAACAAUAACACAUUUGUAUGUGCAAAGACAGGAUCGGGAAAGUCCCUGUGUUUUCAAGGGUUAGCAUAUUUAUGUAGCGAACUUUGUGUGAAGGAAAACCCAAUUGUUUUGGUAACUUCGCCGUUAAUUUCACUGAUGGAGACACAAGUCCAGGAAUUAUUAGAUAGACAGAUUUCUGCCACAUACAUUGGGAAGGAUUCCAGCGAAAAUGGUGAUAUUCGUAGAGGAAAAUAUUCGUAUGUCUACUCUAACCCAGAAUAUGUAACAUCGGGUGUGUGGAGAGAUAUGCUGAGGAAUUCCAUUUACAGAAAAAAUCUAGUCUGUAUUGUGUUUGACGAAGUACGCACUGCUGUGUCAUGGGGCUUAGACAAAACAGAUGAAGAGGCAUUUCGCCCAGAGUUUGCAAGGGUUGGAGAACUCCGAUCUAUGAUAUCAAAUAUUCCUAUGCUGGCACUGACUGCCACAACAAAUCCACCGGUUCGAGCGAAAAUACAACGUUUGCUUGCUAUGAAAACACCACUUGAGAUAGUUGAAUCCCAAUACAGAGAAAACAUUAUAAUAUCAGUGAUUAAAGUACCAGUGCAACUAGAAGCAGCAUUCAAGUGGAUUGUUGAUUUGAUGAACAGAGAUCAAAAAAAAUUGUAUGAAAGUUAUUUUUUACUGUAAGAUAAUUCAAGAUUGUUCAAAAUUGUACAUGUACUUUACAGAUGAAGUCAAGGAUAGAGAAUUGUUUGACAUGUAUCAUUCAAGAACUACUGAUAAGGUAAAAUUCAAAUUCUUUCCACAAUUAAAGAGCCAAGCAGCACUCUACGGAUCAUCAUAGCUACAAAAGCUGUUGGAAUGGGGUUAAACUUUCAAUCAAACCAUGUCAUACAUUAUGGACCACCAUCCGAAUAUGAUGCAUACCUUCAGCAGAUUGGUAGAGUUGGCCGUGACGGAUCAGU